GUGAUGAGCUGCAUCGUGGAGGGACUGACCAGGAGCGUCUGCGAGCGUGUCUCUGAACUCAGCGUGGUCGUCUUCACAUGUGAAACUCCAGCCAUCGCUGAUAUCGUGUUUCUGGUCGAUGGAUUGUCGAGUAUCAGCCGUUUGAACUUCAAAACUGUGAAGACCUUUCUGGGAAUGUUUGUCAGGGCCUUCGAGGUUGGAUCAGACCAAACACGCAUUGGUUUAGUGCUGUACGGCAAGGAUUCAUGGGUCGAGUGGCAUCUGAACACUCACAGCACUAAAGAGGAUGUGAUCAACGCCAUAAGGAAUCUGCCUUAUAAAGGAGGAAACACACUCAAAGGUCGUGCUCUGACGUAUAUUCUGGAGAACAGCUUCAAAGCUGAAUCUGGAUCCAGACCUGACGUUCCUAAGAUUGGGAUUCUGAUCACAGAUGGGAAAUCACAGGACGAUGUUCUUUCUCCUGCUCAGAGACUCAGAGACGCUGGGAUUGAGCUGUUUGCGAUCGGAGUGAAGAACGCCGAUGAGAACGAGCUGAGAGCCAUCGCCUCUCCGCCGAAGGAAACACACGUGUAUAACGCGGCUGAUUUCAGCGUGAUGAGCUCCAUCGUGGAGGGACUGACCAGGAGCGUCUGCGAGCGUGUCUCUGAACUCAGCGGUGAGGAAGCGGUCACGGCCAGCAGCUUCUGUGUUCAUCUCUAAGAGGCGGCGAGAGCACAAGUGACAAAAAUGAAGAUGAUGAUGGACAGGAAGAUAAAUAUGAAGAUGCCAUCAUAAGUGCUCCUGUUUGCAGCGUUAU